AUGAAGUUCAACACCAUCCUGGGCCUGUUGGUCGCUGCCAGCCAGUACUGGCCGUCCAUCGCAUUGCCUCAGUUUCCCGAUAAUCCCGUCUGUGCUGCCGGCAUCACAUCUGUCGAAGUACAGCCGGUGCAGUUCAUCGUCAGACAGCCCAUCUACAUCAGCGCCUACUUACCAGUCAACACUGUCCUGGUACUCGAUGAUGGGCUGACCCUCACCAUCACUAAUGCUCCAUUGACCUUGGUCACCGAAAUUGACAAGUUAGGAACACUUACGUCCCAAGUUACUAGAAUCAUUGACCAGGUCUCGUCAAUUCCAAACGCCUAUGUCACCAUCACAAGAGGUGGCCAGGCCGGAUCUGAGGCAAGCACAAUCACAAUCUUCCCCUCUGGUCCUGAUGGCGUCGGAACCUACUUGGUCUUCACCCCUUUUGCCAACAUUGCGGCCACCACCGGCAGUAGUGUUCCAGAGACAGCAACUGUCCUGGGCACUCCCAUCGACCCGAGUGGUUUUGUCACGCAGUCCGCGCCAGGAGCGAGCAGCGUUAUCAACCCCGGACCCAGCCCUGCAUCAGUUCCGGUCACAAUCGCUCCCACAGCAUCUGGAGGUGCUGCGGCUUUGCCUCAGAUCUUUGCUACCGUCAACGUUGGUGGUGCCACGGGCGUGCCCAGGAACUUCACCGUCGUGGACUCGGCUGGAUCUGCGGGUACGGUCUUUGCACAGACUUUUGACAGCUUCUCCAUCACUGUUACUGGUCCUCAGAACGUCAUUACGGUUUUCGGUAACGCCGGUGUUACACCCGCUGCCAUCACAUUGCCCGGUAACAGGGGUGUGACGCAGACCGGGGCCGAUGCUGUGCUUCAGAUUAUCCAGACUCCGGGAGGCGAGGCCGAUUUCCUUGCUAGGCUCACAACCGUGAGCAUCCAGGGCCAAAACGGCCAGACCGGAACCUUCACGCUUAUCCCGACGGCUGGCAGUGUUGGUGCGGUAAUCGUACAGACUGCGGCACCAGCUCUUGGUGCCAUCUUCCAGACCAUCAGCGUUGCCGGAGCCACGCCAACUACACUUUCCAUCCCGGCACCCGAAGGACAGACCGGAACUGUUAUUGUACAGACCACGGAUGGCUUCACAGGCCCCGCUGCUGGUCCGUUUACGACCGUUACCGUUGGCGGCGGCCAGGGUGAUGCUCCCGCGACUGUGACUGUUCCCCCGGCCGCUGGUGCGACGGACGGCGUCUUCACCGUUCUCGUUCAAAGCCUGGAUCCUACGGCCUUCAACGGACCUUUCCGAACUAUCACGGCCGGCGGUAACACGGGAGGAUCACCAGUCACCAUCACUGUUCCUCCCUCAGGCAACGGCCAGACCGGUACUGUUGUUGUCCAGCCUGCCAUCACCUCCUUCACCGGCCCUUUUACGACCAUUACGACUGAUGGCAACACUGGAUCUCUUCCAGUCUCGCUCACCAUCGUUCCCGCCGGCAACCCGACUCUGGGUACCAUUAUUGUUCAGACUCCCUCAAUCACUGCUCGGCCUGCUCUCUUCAGAACCUUGGCCGCGCUCCCGAUUGCCGGUCUCGGUGCCACAAUCACCUUGCCCUUGUUAGGAAACUCUGCUUCUGCCCCCGGAACUAUUGUAGUCGCCGUGGGACUGGGCGGAGAUGAUCCGGCCACGAGUGCACCAGCCGCUUUGGCUGCCAACCUAGUCACUAUCCGAGGUGACUACAAUGGCACAGAUCCGUUGACUUUGACCCUCCCUUCUCAGGGCGACAACCCGGUUGCCACUAUCGUCGAGCAAUUGCCCGUCGGCUUCAGCGCGGGAGUCACUAUUGGAAACUCUGCCUUAACUACGGCUGUACCUCCUGUCACGAACGUUGCUACGCAAGCUACCGCCCCUAGCGUAUCCGCCGCAAACCCGGCGGCUUCGAACGCAGGUGUUCUCCCGAAUAUCCUCACUAGCGGCUACUCCGGAUCCGUGCCGACCACGGUCACAUUGCCUCCUCUGGGAACCCAAACGGCCUCUCAAGUCUUGGUCCUUACGCCAUUGACCAACGCUGCCGGUUCUGCUGCGCCUGACCCGGCGGGCUCUGCUGCGACGGUGGCUCCUAAUGUGAUCAACACCAUCACCACUGGAUUUGGCGGUUCUCUACCUACCACCGUUACCGUCCUCCCACAGGGCCUUGCAUCUACUGCUCCCGUCGCCUUGGUGUUGACUCCGGACCCAGCUGCUGCGACUGCCGCGGCGUCCCAAGGGGCUCUGCCUGGUUCCUUCACCACCCUCACCGGACCAGCUAUUGGAUCAAUCCCCACCACGCUGACUAUCCCUCCUGUAGGAACCAACACCGUCGGCACGGUUGUGGUUCUGGGCGACCCCUUGGCCACUGCUACUGCUCAGCCAGGCCAGACGCAGACACAGGAUCCUGGUGCCAACGGAGUCCCAUCCAGUCUUGCACCUGGAGCUCUGGGUGCCUUCACCACCAUCCAGAGCGGCUUCAACGGCCUUCAGCCCUCGACCUUUACCGUUCCUCCUGCUGUCAGCGGCGCUCCAGGAACGGUUGUCGUCCUUACUCCUACUAACCCAGCUGCUCCCCAACUGACCCUCCCUUCCGGAGUGCCAUUCGUUACGGUAACUACUGCUGGUGAUGUCCCCGCUGUGCUAACAAACGUGUUGCUUCCCACGGGAACAAACACUCUAGGAACUGUUCUCGUCCAAACCCCUGCCACUCCAGCUGCUUCUCAGCUGAACCUCCCCUCUGGUGUGCCCUUCGUGACGGUCACAACACCGGCUGACGUUCCCGCCGUGGAGACGAACGUGCUGUUGCCAUCGGGAACAAACACUGUUGGCACCGUUCUCGUCCAGGUGCCUUCGUCCUUGUUCACAGCCCUGCCCACCGGUGCUGCUACCACUCCAGGCGCAGUCAACUCUGGCUUGGUGCUUCCUGGACUCACUAUCCCGCCCAUUUCCAUCGACUUGCCCACCAUCAUUCUGUCUAUCCCCAGUCUCAGCCUGGGUUCCUUCAUCACCUUGACCCAGGGCGGACCGGUAGCAACAACCGCCAUUCUCCCUCCCUCCGGGACCAACUCGGUGGGCCUCGUGAUUAUCCAGACACCGACUGUCGCCGCGACUGCCGCUCCAGGCGCUGGUGUCUUCACGACUCUCUUCCAGGGCUUCUCCGGAUCCGUUCCUCAGACUACCACCCUGCCGCCGACGGGAACCAACACCCUGGGCGUCGUCUUGAUCCAGACGCCCACGGUUUCUGUGGAGGUCAACAUCCUUCAGACCACCACGAUUGGCUUCACCGGAUCACUCCCCACUACCGUUACCGUGCAGCCGUCUUCCGGUGGCUCUGGUCUCGUGGUCGUUCAGACCCCGUUCACGAACCCCUCGGUCUCUGCCACCAACGUGGCGGCCAAUAGCUUCAUCACUACUACCCAGGGAUUCACUGGCAUUGCGCCGACUACGAUUACUUACUUCCCUGGUGGAACUGACACGGUUGGCACCGUGGUCGUUCAGACACCCAUCUUCUCUGGAGGUGCUGUAACUGUGCCAUCCAUCUCGUUGGGUCUGCCGAACAUUCAGAUCACAAUUUCCAUCGGCGGACCUGUUGCGGCGACAUCUACUGUCUUGUCCUCCGGCACCAACACUAUCGGAACCGUGAUUGUUCAGACCCCCACUGCUCCCGGAGCCGGAGGCGCAACGACUCCCAUCGUUGACCCGGCUGUCACCGCGCCCGGCUUUGUCUCUGUCACCACUGGCUACACUGGAUCCACGCCAACUACCUUUACUCUGCCGCCAACCGGCACCCAGCCCGGAGUUGUCGUCGUCCAGACUCCUACCUCUGGCGUUGCUGUUGCUCCCAACAGCUUCAUCACGGCUGUCACUGGAUUCACCGGCACUGAGCCGACAACGGUGACGAUUCUUCCUACGGGAACCAACUCUGUUGGCAUCGUUCUCAUCCAGACUCCCACAAGAAUCAGCACGACUGUUUUGAUCAGCAUCAGCGGUGACCCUCCACCACCUACUGUGCCCAGCGGCUUCAUCCUGACCACAACUGUUGGCACCGGUACUCUGCCCACCACAGUCACUUUCCCUCCCUCGGGCACCAACCCUGGAAGUGUGGUUGUCCAGACUCCAUCUAUUGGAACCGCGGCGCCCGGCGUCACGAACGCUUUGCCCAACGUCAUCAUCACGAGCGGGUUUGCUGGCUCUGCCACAUCUACUCUUACGCUGACUCCCUCUUCCGCCGGCGACCCGACGACUUUGAUCGUCUUGACGCCUACUUCUGCUGCUGCUCCUUCGGUCACCGUUGCUCCAGCAUCGUUUGUUACUCUGACCAGUGGAUUCUUCGGCACUGCACCGGCGACUACAACCUUGGCACCUGUGAACGCUGGAGAUCCAGGAACUGUCAUUAUCCAGACACCUUUUCCCACGUCUGGCCUUUCCUUCCUCACUACUACCGUUGGCUACACGGGAGCUGUGCCGACUACCGCCACAGUAUUCCCAUCUGGAACUGAGACCGUUGGAGCCAUCAUUAUCCAGACUCCUUUCUCUCCUUCUUCACCCGCGGUUACGAAUGUUGCCCCUACACCUACGGCUCCUGGCUUCUCGUUCAUCACGGUUCAGACUGGAUAUUCUGGCACCGGAACUCAGAUCACCACUAUCCUGCCUACUGCUAGCGGCAGCGUUGGUCUCGUUCUUAUCCAGACUCCCACUAUUGGACAGGAUCCUGCGACUUCAAGUCCUGCGAUCAACAUUCCAACCACAGGGCCAGCUGCAACUCCGACUGUGGCACCCGCGUCGCUCGUGACUCUCAUCAGCACAUACACCGGAACGGUUCCAUCGACCACUACGCUCGCUCCCGCUGGCACUGACAGCUUGGGGACCGUCAUCGUCCUCCUUCCAAGCGCCACGGCAACCCCUGGAACUACUCCAGGUGCCAACUUCGCGACGCUCAUCAGCACCUACACCGGAUCCGUGCCGUCGACCUCGACUAUCCUUCCUACCGGAACCAACUCCCAGGGAACUUUCGUCAUCCUUGUCCCGAGCUCUACCAUCGACCCUGGUACCCUCAGUGCUGGUGCUCCAGCUAUUACAUCCUCACCCGGUGCGGUAUUUGCCACUCUCACUUCCACCUACGGAGGCUCGGUCACCUCAUUCCAGACUGUGCUCCCAUCGGGAACUGGCUCGACUGGCACCCUCGUUGUUCUCGUUCCGAGCAACGUGCUGGCUUCUCCCACAGCCACACCCGCCAUUCCUCUUACUACUGUCACGUCGACGUAUGGUGGCUCUGUUAUCUCAACGGCCAUUGCUUCACCUGCAAACCCUGGAGACCCUGGCACUCUUAUUGUCUUGGUUCCAAGCAACGUUGCGAGCUCGACUGGUGGCGCUGCUCCUGGUGUUGGCAACAAUGUACUCACAACACUCCUGUCCACCUACACCGGCUCAGUUCCUUUGACUACCACUGUCGCCCCGAUCAACUCCAAUGACCCCGGAACGGUCAUAGUUCUCGUCCCAAGUGCAACGAGCGGAGCAGGCGCAGCAACGCCCACUGCUGGCGGUGUUAUUACCAGCUUCUACAGUGGCUUGGUGCCUUCGACAUCCGUGUUGCCUCCAGGUCCCUCUGGCGAGCCUGGUGGCACCGUCAUCUUCCUUCCUAGCAGCACCGGUCUGUCAACCGCCGCUACAACGGCUUUGGCUGCCGGUCUCUACACUAGCACGUACGGAGGUUCAGUCACUCUUACUUCUACGCUCCCCGUCGGACCGUCUGGAGAGCCUGGUGCCACAGUCAUCUUCGUUCCCAGCAACACUCCUGCGCCCACUCCCGCGACCACCGCAUUGGCCGGAGUUCUCACCAGCUUCUACAGCGGACUGGUGCCAUCAACUUCGGUUCUACCUGCUGGUCCUUCUGGCGAGCCAGGUGCCACAAUCAUCUUCCUCCCUAGUAACACAGUCACUCCAUCUGCUACAGUGCCGACUGCCGGUGGCCUGUUCACCAGCUUCUAUGGCGGUUCUGUCACUCUCACAUCCACGCUGCCCACUGGGCCCUUCGGCGAGCCGGGUGCGACUAUCAUUCUCAUCCCGACUCCCACUGCCACGCUCAGCCCGGCGCUACCGAAUGUCUUGACUAGCACGUAUGGAGGCUCUAUUACGUUGACCUCUGUCUUGCCUACCGGUACCAACGGAGACCCCGGUCAGACAAUCAUCUUCGUCCCGAGCAACACCGGCGCUCCUGGCGCCACCGGUACACCCUCUUUGCCCAAUGUCUUGACCAGCACAUACGGUGGUUCAGUUACCCUGACCUCAAUCCUACCAACUGGGCCAUCGGGUGAGCCAGCACAGACAAUCAUCUUCGUGCCGAGUAGCUCUGCUGCUCCGGGUUUGCCCAACAUCCAGACUAGCACAUAUGCAGGCUCAGUCACCUUUACGUCGGUCGUUACUGAUGGUGGUAUCAACGUGCCCCCGCAGACUAUUGUCUUCGUCCCGGGCGCGACCAUUGUUCCCAGCAACACUGAUCCUGCAGGACUUCCCAACAUCUUGACAAGUACCUAUGGAGGCUCGGUGACUCUGACUUCGGUCCUCCCUGUUGGUCCAUCUGGAGAUCCAGCUACCGUUAUAUUCGUGCCAAGCGCGACUGGUGUUCCCAGCAACACUGGUGCUGCAGGUCUUCCCAAUGUUUUGACCAGUAUUUAUGAUGGUUCAGUUACUCUGACUUCCGUCAUCUCUACUGGCUCUGCUGGAGACCCUGCGCAGACGAUCAUUUUCAUUCCAAGUGCCCCUGGCGUCACCAGCAACACUGGUGCCGCUGGUCUCCCCAACAUCCUGACAAGCACUUAUGGAGGUUCGGUGACUUUGACUUCAGUCCUACCGGUUGGCCCAUCUGGAGAUCCUGCCACUGUCAUCUUUGUACCGGGAACUCCUGGUGUUACCAGCAACUCUGGUGCGGCUGGUCUACCUAAUGUUUUGACCAGCACUUACGGAGGCUCCGUUACUUUAACUUCAGUUUUGCCAGUUGGUCCGUCCGGAGACCCUGCUACAGUCAUCUUCGUACCAGGCACUCCUGGCAUCACUAGCAACACUGGUGCUGCGGGCCUACCUAACAUCCUCACGAGCACCUACGGAGGCUCAGUCACUUUGACAUCAGUCUUGCCCGUUGGUCCGUCUGGAGAUCCCGCUACGGUCAUCUUCGUACCUGGUGCUCCCAGCGCCACUCCAACCAUCACUGCUGCUCCUACGCUGCCCAACGUCUUGACCCAGACCUACGGCGGCUCCGUUACGUUGACCACUGUUCUCCCCACAGGAUCUGCGGGCGACCCUGGUGUGACUGUCAUCUUCGUUCCCUCUGCUCCAGGCGCCUCGUCCGUUGACCCUACUCAGGCUCUCGGCAAUGUGUUGACAAGCACCUACGACGGAUCGGUCACGCUCACGACUACUUUGCCGGUUGGCCCAUCUGGUGACCCAGCGACUGUGGUCUUGGUACCAAGCAACACCUUGGUACCAACAAGCACCGCAGCGGCAGGCCUUCCGAACAUCCUGACGCAGACCUAUGGUGGAUCUGUGACUUUGACAUCUGUUCUUCCCACGGGUCCUUCAGGAGAGCCUGGCGCAACGGUCAUCUUUGUUCCUGGCUUGCCUACUACAGCACCAACUGUUCCAUCUGUUGGAGGCGUUUUGACGAGCACUUACGGCGGUUCAGUCACUUUGACGACUACUUUGCCCAUCGGACCGUCUGGCGACCCAGCGACCGUCAUCUUGGUGCCGACCAGCACCGGAGCCGUUGGCCUUCCUAAUAUCCUUACUCAGACAUACGAUGGUUCGGUGACCUUGACGACUGUGCUGCCUACGGGCCCAUCAGGUGAGCCUGGAGCUACAGUUAUUUUCGUUCCUGGCCUCCCGACCACUGCUCCGUCCGUUCCAUCUGUCGGAGGUGUUUUGACCAGCACGUACGAUGGAUCGGUAACGCUCACGACCACUUUGCCUAUCGGCCCAUCUGGCGAUCCAGCAACCGUUGUAUUGGUGCCAAGCAGCACUGGAGCAGCCGGUCUACCCAACAUUCUGACCCAGACAUACGGUGGAUCGGUGACAUUGACAACUGUCCUCCCUACGGGUCCUUCGGGAGAGCCUGGUGCAACUGUUAUCUUUGUGCCAAGUUCCCCGAUUGCUACACCAACUGUUGCCCCUGGAGGCAUCUUGACCAGUACUUAUGCCGGAUCGGUCACCCUUACGACCACCUUGCCCAUCGGUCCAUCUGGUGAUCCUGCUACUGUCAUUCUGGUACCGGGUAGCACAGCAGCCGCAGGUCUUCCCAAUAUCCUUACCCAGACGUACGGAGGCUCGGUUACCCUCACCACUGUUCUGCCUACUGGCCCGUCCGGCGAGCCCGGUGCGACGGUCAUCUUCGUACCAAGCUCUCCUAUUGCUACACCUACCAUUGCCCCUGGCGGAGUGUUGACCAGUGUGUAUGAUGGCUCAGUCACGCUGACAUCGACUUUGCCCGUCGGUCCAUCUGGGGAGCCUGGAGCUACUAUCAUCCUCAUCCCUACCAAUACUGGGGUUCCGUCAUUGCCCAAUGUCUUCACUUCGACGUACGACGGCUCGAUUACGCUCACCACUACCCUCCCAGUCGGACCUUCUGGAGACCCGGCGACCGUUAUCCUGGUGCCGAGCCAGACUGUCGCUCCCGCUGCCCCAAGCAAUCUCUUCACCAGCACGUACGAUGGAUCUGUCACCUUGACCACGACCUUGCCCAUUGGCACUGUUGUUCUGGUCCCCAGUCAAACUGCGGCUCCUGGCCUCCCCAACAUCCUCACUUCUACGUACGGAGGUUCGGUCACUUUGACCACCACAUUGCCUGUUGGUCCCUCAGGAGACGUUGCCACGGUCAUUCUCGUGCCCAGCCAGACUGGCGCUCCUGGUCUUCCCAAUGUCUUGACAUCGACAUACGGUGGCUCGGUAACCCUCACUACCACCUUGCCCGUUGGGCCUUCUGGAGAUGUCGCGACUGUCAUCUUGGUUCCAAGUGCGACACCUGCUCCUGGCUUGCCAAAUGUCCUCACUUCUACGUAUGGAGGAUCAAUCACUCUCACAACCGUCUUGCCGGUUGGUCCUUCUGGCGACCCCGAGACGGUGAUUUUGGUACCAAGCCCGACCGGCGCUGGUGGCCUACCCAAUAUCUUGACUAGCACCUAUGGUGGCUCAGUCACGUUGACCACCACGCUUCCAGUCGGACCUUCAGGCGAUAUCGCAACAGUCAUCCUGGUACCCAGCACGACACCUGCUCCUGGCUUGCCUAAUAUUCUGACGAGCACUUACGGCGGAUCGAUCACGCUGACCACUGCCUUGCCUGUUGGCCCGUCUGGAGAUCCCGUCACGGUGAUCCUUGUACCGAGCCAAACUGCGGCGCCUGGUCUGCCCAAUGUGUUGACCAGCACCUAUGGCGGUUCAGUCACUUUAACUACCACGCUACCCGUUGGUCCCUCUGGCGAUAUCGCGACUGUGAUUUUGGUACCCAGCUCAACUGCCGCCCCUGGUCUACCGAACAUCUUGACCAGCACCUACGGAGGUUCCGUAACCUUGACAACAACUCUCCCAGUUGGACCAUCCGGCGACAUCGCGACCGUGAUCCUCGUCCCCGGUGGUCCCACUUCCACGGCCGCCCCUGGUUUGCCCAACGUUCUUACCAGUACGUACGACGGCUCGGUGACUCUCACGACAACUCUGCCAAUUGGCCCCUCUGGGGAUCCUGCCACAGUUAUCUUGGUGCCCAGUUCUGGAUCGAAUGGCGCUGGCCUUCCCAACGUGCUCACAAGCACCUAUGGAGGCUCAGUCACUCUCACGACGACGCUGCCUAUCGGACCUUCAGGCGACCCAGCAACUGUUAUUCUUGUGCCUAGUUCUGGAGCGACCAAUGGCGGUCUCCCUAAUGUUUUCACCAGCACCUAUGAUGGCUCAGUUACCCUCACAACCACACUUCCCAUUGGGCCUUCUGGAGACCCAGCAGAAGUCGUCACUUAUGAUGGAUCAGUCACCCUUACGACCACUCUGCCUAUUGGGCCUUCCGGUGAUCCCGCCACGGUUGUGUUGGUUCCCAGCACUAUUCCUUCUAUCACGGCGGUUCCCGGCCUCCCUAAUGCGCUUACAAGCACAUAUGGAGGCUCGGUUACUCUUACUACCGUCUUGCCCAUUGGACCUUCUGGGGACCCAGCAACUGUUGUUCUCGUGCCCGGCUCUGGUACAACUGGCGCUGGUCUUCCCAAUGUCUUUACCAGCACCUACGAUGGUUCGGUCACUCUCACAACCACUCUCCCCAUUGGGCCAUCGGGCGAUCCGGCGACUGUCAUCCUGGUCCCGAACACGAUUCCUUCCAUCACAGCUGCUCCCGGUCUUCCCAACGUACUUACAAGCACAUACGAUGGUUCAGUCACUCUCACGACGGUUCUGCCUCUUGGCCCGUCUGGAGACCCGGCCACCAUCAUCUUAGUGCCGGGUGGUACACCAUCUACUACGCCCGCGCCUGGUCUUCCCAACGUGCUUACGAGCACAUACGGAGGCUCGGCGACUCUUACUACCGUCUUGCCCCUCGGCCCCUCCGGUGACCCGGCUACUGUUAUCUUGGUCCCGAGUGCCACUCCUACCAUCACGCCUGCACCCAGUCUACCCAAUGUGCUCACCAGCACGUAUGGUGGUUCAGUCACUCUCACCACGGUCUUACCUUUGGGACCAUCUGGAGAUCCUGCUACCAUCAUCUUGGUACCCAGCAGCGCCGUUCCUCCACUCAUUGAUAUUUCUAUUGGUAUCAACCUUCCAGGUCUAUUUACCAGCACUUAUGGAGGUCCAUCUACCAUCACUACAGUGCUGCCAGUUGGCCCAUCUGGAGAUCCUGCCACCGUCAUUCUGGUGCCAAGCACUCCUCCGCUCAUCGACCUCUCGAUUGGCAUCAACCUCCCCAACCUUUUCACCAGUACCUAUGGUGGUUCGGUCACCCUCACGACUACCCUUCCCAUUGGGCCGUCUGGUGAUCCGGCUACGGUCAUUCUGGUACCCAGCAGUGUCCCUACUAUCACGGCUGGACCUGGGUCACCCAAUAUCUUGACGAGCACCUACGCUGGCUCUGUUACCUUGACCACUGUCUUACCGGUUGGUCCCUCUGGUGAUCCCGCCACCAUCAUCCUGGUGCCCGGAGCCACUAUCACGGAUGCCUCAGCACUGCCUAAUGUGCUUACGAGCACUUACGCCGGCUCAGUCACUCUCACAACCGUACUUCCGAUCGGACCCUCUGGCGACCCAACUACAAUCGUCUUGGUUCCUGGCGUCACUCCUACGGACGCCUCAGGAUUGCCCAACAUUCUCACAAGCACAUAUGGCGGUUCUGUCACACUCACCACUGUCCUUCCAGCUGGUCCCUCCGGCGAUCCGGCGACGAUUGUGUUGGUCCCCAGUGGCCCUAUCACCGAUGCCCCAGGACUGCCAACUCUCCUCACGAGCACAUAUGGCGGCUCGGUCACUCUUACCACUGUGCUUCCAGCCGGCCCCUCCGGAGACCCGGCGACAAUCGUCUUGGUUCCGGGAGCCUCCAUAACGGAUGCUCCCGGCCUGCCCAAUGUGCUUACCAGCACCUAUGCCGGCUCAGUCACUGUCACUACGGUGUUGCCCAUCGGACCCUCCGGGGAUCCGGCUACGGUCAUCCUGGUGCCUGGUGCGACGAGCGAUGGCGCUGGUGGUCUGCCCAACAUUCUCACCAGCACCUACGAUGGCUCUGUGACGCUUACGACCACUCUGCCUAUUGGUCCUUCUGGUGAUCCGGCAACUGUUGUUUUGGUGCCAUCUUCGAUCGGCGCCGGUCUGCCCAAUGUUCUCACUAGCACGUACGACGGAUCGGUAACCCUUACAACUACUUUGCCAGUUGGUCCUUCAGGCGAUCCUGCGACAGUUGUUCUGGUGCCGUCUUCGAUCGGCGCCGGUCUGCCCAAUGUUCUCACGAGCACGUACGAUGGAUCAGUUACUCUCACGACCACCUUGCCUAUCGGUCCAUCUGGCGAUCCGGCCACGGUUAUCCUCGUACCUGGCGCGAGCAACACGGGUGCUGCUGGUCUUCCGAAUAUCUUGACAAGCACUUAUGACGGCUCGGUCACGCUUACCACUACCUUGCCAAUUGGCCCCUCUGGCGAUCCGGCUACCGUGGUCUUGGUGCCCUCGUCUGGCGUUGCUGGCCUCCCAAAUGUGCUUACUUCUACGUACGACGGCUCUGUCACUCUCACCACCACGCUUCCGAUCGGCCCUUCAGGAGAUCCCGCAGAGGUGGUCCUUGUCCCAAGUGUUGUACCGAGUGUCACCGCGCCUGGACUGCCCAACUUUCUUACUUCGACUUACGAUGGUUCCGUCACGUUGACCACUACCUUGCCCAUCGGUCCCUCGGGUGACCCAGCAACGGUGAUCCUGGUCCCAAGCGCCGUCCCAGGCGUGACUGCGACUGGGCUUCCCAAUGUUCUCACUUCUACGUACGAUGGUUCCGUUACCAUCACCACUACUUUGCCCAUUGGUCCGUCUGGCGAUCCCGCAGAGGUGGUCCUUGUGCCGAGUGUGGCCCCGAGCGCAACUGUGCCUGGUCUCCCCAACCUUCUUACGUCCACGUACGAUGGCUCAGUCACAAUCACAACGACGCUGCCGAUUGGGCCCUCUGGCGACCCAACCGCCGUCGUUUUGGUUCCUGGCAUCACAGCUCCAGCACUUCCCAACGUGCUGACAAGCACGUACGAUGGCUCCGUCACCUUGACUACCACUCUGCCCAUUGGCCCUUCGGGAGACCCUGCGACUGUGGUCCUGGUCCCGAGUAUUCCUGGAUCUCCAGCCUUACCAAAUGUCUUGACCAGUACGUACGACGGAUCUGCCACUAUCACAACUACCCUGCCUGCUGGACCAACACUUGUGCUGGUUCCAAGCGCCACCAAUGUGGCAGGUGGUUUGUUCACGAGCACGUACGACGGCUCAGUUACUCUUACAUCUACGCUUCCUGCUGGCCCAUCUGGUGAGCCUGGAGCCACCAUCAUUUUCGUCCCGACGAUUUCCGUUGGUGGUCUUCCCAACCUCUUCACGAGCACGUAUGAUGGAUCAGUCACUCUCACGACUACGCUUCCUGCCGGUCCUUCUGGUGAGCCUGGUGCGACCAUUAUUCUGGUCCCAACCGUUUCUGUUGGCGGACUUCCCAGCCUCUUCACCAGCACAUACGAUGGCUCGGUUACCUUGACCACCACCCUUCCCGCUGGUCCAUCUGGAGAGCCCGGACCUACCGUGGUCCUGGUCCCUGGCUUAACAUCUGCUUUGCCGACGUCUGCCCUGCCGAACUUAUUCACCAGCACGUACGAUGGCUCCAUUACCCUCACCACUACCUUGCCAGCCGGUCCCUCAGGCGAGCCUGGCCCAACGGUUGUUCUCGUCCCCGGAGCCACAUCGGCGCUGCCCAAUCUCUUUACCAGCACGUACGAUGGAUCCAUCACGCUCACCACCACACUCCCUGCUGGCCCAUCGGGGGAGCCUGGCCCUACUGUUGUUCUGGUUCCAGGUCUCACAUCUGCCUUGCCGACAUCUGCUCUGCCAAACUUCUUCACAAGCACCUACGACGGGUCUGUGACUCUCACCACGACGCUCCCCGCUGGCCCGUCUGGCGAUCCUGGCGCGACCGUGGUCUUGGUCCCUGGUCUCACGAGUGCUUUGCCAAACCUCUUCACGAGCACGUACGAUGGAUCCAUUACGCUCACAACUACCCUCCCCGCUGGUCCAUCUGGCGAGCCUGGCCCUACCGUCGUUUUGGUUCCUGGAUUGACUUCGGCAUUGCCCAACCUCUUUACUAGCACAUAUGACGGAUCCAUCACUCUCACUACCACGCUUCCGGCUGGCCCCUCGGGAGAACCUGGCCCGACCGUUGUCUUGGUUCCUGGCGCUACUUCUGCGCUGGGAAGCUUCUUGACCAGCACAUACGGCGGUUCAGUCACCCUAACAACCACUUUGCCAGCUGGACCUUCAGGCGAGCCUGGUCCGACUGUUGUUCUGGUGCCAAGUCUCACUGGUGCCAUCCCCACGCCUACUGCAGACUUGAACAUCCUGACCAGCACCUAUGCUGGAUCGGUUACUCUCACCACAACCCUUCCGGUUGGUCCUUCGGGAGAGUCUGGUGCUACCGUUAUUUUGGUCCCAAGCAUCACCGAUGCUUUGACUACUCCCACCGCGGCUCUGCCCAACGUGUUGACCAGCACCUACGAUGGCUCAGUCACUUUGACUACCACUCUCCCCGCUGGACCCUCGGGCGAGCCUGGAGAUGUUGUCGUCCUGGUCCCAAGCUCUGCUCUUGGAGCCUCUCCUGGCCAGUUCAUCACGCUCACCAGUGGCUACUCCGGCAUUGUACCCUCAACGUCGACCAUUCUGCCCACGGGCACGGAGACAAUUGGCGCGGUUGUCAUUCUGGUACCCACGAGCAGUGCGGGCAUCAGCUUCACCACCAUCACGAGCUCGUACUCGGGUGCUAUCCCAUCCGCGACGACCAUUUUCCCGACCGGAUCGGAUACCGAGGGAACUAUUAUCAUUCUCAAUCCUAUCACGAUCGACACCCCGGGCAUCACCAUUACGAGGCCGUACACCGGAACCGAGACCCUGACCUCUACAAUUCCACCCGCCGUUUCCGGAGACCCUGCGACCGUCAUCAUUCUGGAUCCCGCUCUGCUUCUCACGACUUCCAACGCUGGCUCUUUCACGACCAUUACAAGCGGAUAUGAUGGUUCCGUCAUUGCCACGUCCACCGUCCCGGCGGUCGGCACCGAUGGACCCGGAACAGUCGUCAUUCUGGAGCCAACGGGCACCGCCGCGCCCAGCGUCACCGUUUCCUACACGACCAUCAUCAGCACAUACGCAGGAUCGUUGCUGGCGACCUCGACUCUAGCUCCCGCGGGCACCGAUGCUGUUGGCACCGUCAUCCUGCUGGUUCCCAGCUCGAGCGUUCAGAUCCCUGGUGUUUCUUCUUACACCACGGUCACCAGCACGUACACUGGAUUGUUGCCAUCCUUCUCCACGCAGGCUCCCUCGGGAACUGACACUGUUGGCACCAUCAUCUUCUUCGAGCCCGAGGCCACUGCAACAUCUGAUGUGCCCUUCACUACAAUCUUCAGUGGAUACGACGGGUCCAUUAUCCAGACCUCUACCAUUGCACCCGGCGCGCCUGGUGAGACUGGUACUGUUGUCAUUCUUCAGCCCAGCUCGGUCCUCACUGCGUUGCCAACAUCGUCUGCCAACUCCGAUGUCGUCAGCUACACCACAAUCUUCAGCACGUACACUGGCGACAUUCCUCUCACGACGACCCUUGCUCCGGCUAGCGGCGACCCUACCAACAUUGGCACAGUCAUCGUCCAGUUGCCCAAUGUCCUGGCCACGUCGAGCCCGACCAUCAGCGUCAGCAUUACAUACACGACGAUCGUCAGCUUCUUCUCGGGAUCUGCUCCGAUCACCACCACGAUCGAUCCCGCGGUUGGAGGCAGCAUUGGUACUGUUGUUGUGCAGGUUCCUCUUACUACCUCGGAUCUCUUGGCUUCGCCUGGCAUCUUCUACACCACUAUCGUGAGCAGCUACCCAGGAUCGGUCACUUUGACAACCACCAUUCCUCCUGUUGCCACGGAUCCAGCCGGCCUCGCAACCGGAACGGUUAUCAUCCAGGUGCCCGACUCUCAGGUCACAGGUUCCAGCUCCUCUGGCGGUGCUCUGGCGGCCUCGUUCACCACCAUCUUCAGCAACUACCCGGGAUCCAUCACGCUCACCACGACUCUGCCUCCUGCUGCCACAGAUCCAGCUGGCCUCGGCACGGUCAUCGUUCAAAUCCCCGAUACAGGAAUCAUUUCCACUGCCACGAGUGCUUUGGCUGCUUCCUUCACCACCAUCUUCAGCACUUAUCCUGGAUCUGUUACUUUGGCCACCACUCUGCCUCCCGAUGCCACUGACCCUGCGGGUCUCGGUACAGUCAUUAUUCAGAUCCCCGAAACUGGAGUGAUCCCCACGGCCACGAGUGCUCUGGGAGCGUUGUUCACCACGGUGUUCAGUACCUACCCUGGCUCAGUCACUUUGACAACUACUAUUCCCGCCGCGGACCCCACGGGCUUGGGAACAGUUGUCAUUCAAGUUCCUGACAUCUUGGAUACUUCGAGCCUCCCCACUGGCAGUCUUACCGCUUCCCCGGGUGGCUUCUUCACUACCCUCUUCAGCACCUAUGGCGGCUCGGUCACCUUGACCACCACCAUUCCCCCUGCGGCGACGGAUCCCUCCGGACUUGCCACGGUCAUUAUUCAGGUUCCCAGCAACGUGCUCAACACGGACAGCAUCUCUUAUACCACGGUCACCAGUGCCUACACCGGCCUCAUUCCUCAGACCACUACCGUGGCCCCUGGCGCUCCUGGCGACCUUGGAACCGUCAUCGUUCAGGUUCCCACCAGCUCAGUCAGUGUGGAUGCCAUCUCGUACGUGACUGUCACCAGUGGUGGCUUCACCGGCCUGGGCCCAUUGACAACAACCAUUCCUCCGGCCAACCCCGGAGACCCCGGAACAGUCGUCAUCCAGGUCCCAAGUGCCACCAGCGCCCUUGGAGCUGUGUACACGACCAUCACCAGCGGCUACCCUGGAUCUGUCCUCGCAACCGAGACGGGCGUUCUCACCGGAGUGGAUGGCCUCGUCACUGUGGUCGUUCUAUCGCCGACUGGAACUACCGCCUCAUUGCCAACCAUCACGGGAAGCAUUGGCGUGUUCGUUACAGUCAGCAUUGGAUAUGAUGGAUCUGUCAUUGCCACAUCGACCGGCUCAGUCACUGGUGUCGAUGGUCUUAUUACUGUUGUCGUCCAGACUCCCACCAUCGCCAUCACUUCACCCACGGCCACCAUUCCGGGUCUCUCCUAUACCACGGUUACCAGCGGCUACGCUGGAUCUCUCCUCCAGACUCUCAUUGGAACGCAGACCGGAGCUGAUGGACUGGCCACAGUGGUCAUUCAGACGCCCACGAUUGCCAUUACCUCGCCGACUGCCACUAUUCCUGGCCUUUCGUACACCACCGUGACAAGUGGCUACGACGGCUCCCUUCUCCAGACUCUCAUUGGAACGCAGACUGGUGCAGACGGCUUGGCGACGGUCAUCAUCCAGACUCCAACUUUGGGACUCACUUCCCCGACUGCAACGAUUUCCGGUCUUUCCUACACCACCAUCACAAGUGGCUACGCUGGAUCUCUUCUCCAGACCCUCAUCGGUACCGCUACUGGUGCUGAUGGCCUCGCCACGGUCGUGAUCCAGGUGCCAACAGCCUCCAUCACCUCUAGUCCGACUGUCUCGGCUCCGGUCUCAUACACCACAGUCACCAGCGGCUAUGGAGGCUCAUUCAUCCAGACUCUCAUCGGCUCUCUUCCCGGUAUUGACGGCUACAUCACCGUGGUCGUCAACAUCCCCACUGGCACGGCAUCUCUGCCCACGACCACUUUGCCCGGUGUUUCGUACACGACUGUUACGAGUGGAUAUGAUGGAUCGCUUCUUCAGACCCUCAUCGGCUCUGUCACUGGCGCAGAUGGACUUGCGACCGUUGUGGUCCAGGUUCCCACUGCCACGGCCACAGCCACGACAACGCCCGCCAUCUCGGUCACUCAGUCCAUCAUCUCGUACAUCACCGUCACGACUGGCUACUCUGGCGCCUCAACUCUCUUCCAGACGCUCGCUCCCGCUGCCUCUGGUCUGCCAGGCACCGUCUUCAUCCAAGUCCCGACCGCCGUGCCUUCAAGCACGCCUUCUCUCACCAUCUCGGACGGCACUACGUACACAACCAUUACUUCUUUCAUCACGGCUUCCGUCACCCAGAUCUCGACUCUUGUUCCGUCAAGGCCUGGCGAUGUGGUCACUGUUCUUCUUGGUCUCCCCCGUCGCUUGGUGCUCGUCACGACGACGAUCCCUGGUCUAAGUGUUACUGCCACCUCAACUCUGCCAAUGGGCUCCGAUGGUGCCCAGACGAUCAUGAUCCAGGUUCCUGGCGUGGCCACGGCCACGGCCACGGCGUCACCCACGAUUGGUGGCAUCACAACCGUCUUCAAUACUUACAGCGGCUCCGUUACUCUCAUCCAGACAGAAACUCCCGCUCAGCCUGGAGAUCCAACCACGGUUCUUGUCAAUAUCCCCGGCGUCUUUGCCGAGGUUACUUCAACUCGCUUUGGUGCACCAUCUGCCGGCACCACCACCAUUGCUCCCGCCGGCACCGGCCUCCCAGCGACAGUCAUCAUUGACCUUCCUGCCAUCUUCCAGACCGUCACCAGCGGCUACUCUGGCCUCGUUCCGGCAACGACGACUAUUUUGCCAACGGAUCCCACCGGAGUUGGUCUGGUCAUCAUCCAGACCCCGACUGUCUCCUCUGGCUUGCCCUCCAAUACUCCUUCCACGGUCUUCACAACCGCGCCUGGAACUGGCUCACUCUUGGCCACUGCCACGAUCACCGGGCCUGAUGGCGUGAUUUCCGUCAUUGUACAGACCCCAACGGCUCUUGGACAGAUCCUCUCUACGGUCUUCACCACUCAGCCGGGCACUGGAGUCUUGCCUGCCACUACUACCGUCACCGGCCCAGAUGGAAUCGUCUCUGUCAUUCUUGAGACUCCUACUCUUCCCUCGGGAGCUGUUCCGACUACGGUCUUCACCACGUUGCCCGGAACUGCUGCUCUACCAGCAACGACCACCGUCACGGGAGCGGAUGGAGUCGUUUCCGUCAUCUUCUUGGAGCCUACAACCUCGGGCCAGAGCCUCGUGGUUCCGACUACGGUCUUCACCACCAUUGUGGGAACUGGUGCUCUCCCGACCACUACUACGGCCAGCGGCCUUGGAGUCACUCCUUCGACCAUCUUCACCACGGUUCCAGGCACCGGAGCGCUCCCGGCCACAGCUACGGUCACCGGACUGGAUGGCAUCGUCUCGGUCAUCAUCUCCGAGCCCACGUCAAUUCUAUCUGGCAUCUUCACCACCAUCACCACGGGAGGACCGGUUGCUGCGACCAGCACCAUUCUGCCCAACAUCAUUGGUGGCGUUGGCACGGUUGUCGUCCAGACACCGACCCUCACCGUCAGCCCCGGAGCCUUCUUCACGACUCUCACUUCUGGUGGUCCAGUCGCUUCCACUUUCACGAUUCCAGCUGUUGAUCCCACUGGCCUCGGAACGGUCGUCAUCCAGACACCCACUGUCAGCCCGGGAGCCUUAUUCACCACCAUCACCUCUGGUGGCCCAGGUGCGUCGACCUUUACCAUCCCAGCCGCCGACCCUACCGGCCUCGGAACCGUGGUCAUCCAGACUCCGACUGCCCUCCUCGCGUCUUACACGACCCUCACCAUCACCGGCUCUGUUGCGACGACCUUCUCAAUCCCCCCUGUGGGCUCUGGCAUCGGAAGCGUCAUUGUGCAGGUCCCGGAGAUCACUGGCACGUCCGCCUCGCUGCCAUCCAUUACAUCUGCUCCGACCUCAAUUCUCAGCCGUGACCUCACCACCAUCUUCUCCCCUUACACCGGAACGACAAGAAUCACCACCACAAUUCUGGUCAGCAUCAGCGGCGAUCCUACCCUGCCCAACACGGUCAUUGUCUACGUUCCCCUCACGGAGACGAGCAGCUCCGUUGCGACACCGACGGUCACUGGCGGUAUCUCGUACAUCACUCUCAUCACGGGUGUUCCUGGAACCUUUAUUGGCACCCAGACAACUACCCUUCCCGCCGGCAAUGAUGGAUCUGCCACCGUUCUCAUCCAGACUGCCCUUCCUCUGGCCACGUCCAGCCCCAGCGUCACUGUCUCGUACACGACCAUCGUCACGGGCAUCAUUGGCACCUUUGCCGGUCUUCAGACAUCGACUCUUCCAGCAGGACCCGAUGGACUGGCAACUGUCCUCGUCCAGAGCGCCGUCCCGUCUGCCGGUGUUUCUUUCACUACAGUCUUGACGGGAAUUCCGGGCACAUUCCUCGGAACCCAGGCGACGACUUUGCCUGUUGGUACCAACGGCAUCGCAACCGUUCUUCUCCAGACUGCCCUGCCCACCGCAAGCCCGGUCUCGUACACCACCAUCUUCUCUGGCGUGCCCGGCACGUUCGUCGGACCUCAGACCACGACCUUGCCCGCGGGCCCCGACGGUCUCGCUACUGUUGUCGUGCAAAGCGCUCUUCCUACCUCGGGUGUUUCCUACACGACUCGCUUCACAGGCGUUCCCGGCACUUUCAUCGGAGCUCAGACAACCACGCUUCCUGCCGGUCCCGAUGGACUCGUUACCGUACUUGUCCAGAGCGCGAUCCCAACAGCAAGCGCCUCGUACACGACAUUGCUUACUGGCAUCCCUGGAACCUUCUUGGGCUCGCAGACCAGCACUCUUCCAGUUGGACCUGACGGCGUUGCUACUGUGAUCAUCCAAACUGCGCUGCCUACUGGUGUGCCGACGUCCUACACGACUCUGUUCUCUGGCAUUCCCGGCACAUUCAUCGCGCCCAUCACAACCACGUUGCCCGCUGGGCUUGACGGCAUCGCGACCGUGCUCAUUCAAACGGCGCUUCCAACUGCGACCGCAAGCCCUACGUCCUACACGACCGUUCUCACUGGUGUACCGGGUACAUUCAUCGGCGCUCAGACGAGCACCUUGCCUGUUGGAUCUAACGGCAUCGCCACGGUGGUCAUUCAGACCGCCCUGCCCACUGGAAACCCAACGUCGUACACGACCUUGUUCUCUGGUGUUCCUGGCACUUUCACCGCGCCUUUGACAACAACUCUGCCAGCCGGAACCGACGGGAUUGCAACUGUGGUCAUUCAAACCGCACUCCCGACAGCCAGCCCGCUCUCGUACACCACCGUCUUCAGCGGCGUUCCUGGCACUUUCUUGGGCGCCCAGACGACUACCCUUCCUGCUGGCCCUGGUGGUCUGGCAACCGUUCUUAUCCAGACAGCCCUGCCAACAUCAAGCCCUCUAUCGUACACCACGGUGCUCACGGGCGUUCCAGGAACUUUCCUUGGUGCGCAGACCUCCACCUUGCCCGCCGGUACCAACGGAAUCGCGACUGUGGUCAUCCAGACUGCCCUCCCAACAGCCAGCCCAGUGUCCUACACAACUGUAUUCACAGGUCUUCCAGGAACUUUCUUGGGCCUACAGACAUCAACACUUCCUGCUGGUCCCGAUGGCCUCGCCACCGUUGUCAUUCAGUCAGCUCUGCCAACGGGAAGCCCAACUUCGUACACAACAUUGCUCACUGGCAUCCCGGGCACUUUCUUGGGCUCACAAACGACAACGCUGCCUGCCGGUCUCGAUGGACUGGCAACUGUCAUUGUUCAGACUGCUCUGCCAACAGCAAGCCCCGUCUCAUACACCACCUUGCUCUCCGGGGUGCCAGGAACUUUCUUGGGCGCGCAGACUACCACGCUCCCGGCUGGUUCUGAUGGUCUUGCCACGGUCAUCAUUCAGACCGCUAUUCCCACAGUCCAAGCUGCUUCAUAUGUCACCAUCGUCACGGGCAUCCCGGGUACUUUUGCCGGCACCUUGGCCUCGACACUUCCCGCGGGAACCAACGGAGUUGGCACCGUUAUUCUCCAGACCGCCGUUCCCACGCCGACUUCGAGCGACGCUGGUGUCACCUACACCACAAUCCUGACUGGAGUCCCUGGCAUCUUCACAGGUACCCAGACGACUACGCUCCCCAUUAUCACCGGAACUGUUGGCACCGUUCUCUUGGAGACCGCUCUCGCAACUCCGAGCCCAGUUAUCUCCUACGUUACAUUGUUGACUGGAAUUCCGGGAACUUUCAUCGGUACGCAGGCGACCACGCUGCCAAUUAUCUCUGGCAGCGUCGGAACGGUUCUCUUGCAGACCGCUCUUCCUUCUGCCACCUCGUCGCCUACAAGCAGCGUCAGCAUCACGUACAUCACCAUUGUCACUGGUAUCUUGGGAACCUUCACUGGCACUCAGACAAGCACCCUGCCCAUUCCGUCCAUCGGAGUCGGCAUCGGCAUCGGUAUCACGGCUACCGUCGUCUUGCAGACCGCCAUUCCCACAUCGGCUGUGCAAUCGUACACGACCAUCGUCUCCGGCGUUCCCGGCAGCUUCACCGGCACCCAGACCACUACCCUCCCCGGUGUUGGUCCAGACGGCCUGGCUACCGUGGUCCUCCAGACUGCCCUUCCCGCAAUCACCUCAUACACGACCAUCUUCAGUGGUGUCUUUGGCACUUUCACUGGAACCCAGACAACUACCCUUCCUGGGGUCGGCACCAACGGUCUUGGAACUGUUGUCUUGCAAACGGCUGUCCCCUCGACAACUGCGGCUUCCUACACCACAAUCAUCACGGGCGUCCCAGGCACUUUCAUCGGCACGCAGACUUCCACCCUCCCUGGCACCGGCGCCAACGGCCUUGGAACAGUUGUUCUCCAGACUGCUCUCCCUGCCGCUACCUCGUACACUACGAUCUUCAGUGGAAUUGUUGGCACCUUUACCGGAACCCAGACUACCACUCUGCCUGGCACUGGAAUCGACGGCCUCGGAACUGUUGUUCUGCAGACCCCGAUUCCCACCACAAGUCUGUCAUACACGACUUUGGUCACCGGCAUCGCUGGAAGCUUCUUUGGCACUCAGACGACUACCCUACCCGUCGUCGGCACCGGAAACGUGGCCACUGUUCUCCUCCAGACUGCACUUCCGAGCGUCUUGUACACUACCGUCCUCACGGGUAUCCCUGGAACGUUCAUCGGAACCCAGACCAGCACUUUGCCUGUUGUCGGUUCCAACGGCUUGGCAACUGUCGUCCUACAGACUGCACUGCCCGCCAUCUCCUACACCACGCUUCUCACAGGCAUCCCGGGCAACUUUGCUGGAUCCCAGACAACCACUCUUCCCAUCGUUGGCACGGGGAACGUGGCGACCGUUCUCAUCCAGACUGCUCUCCCAUCGGUCAGCAGCACGUCUUCAAGCUCUUCGGUCAUCGUGAUCAACACUUCCUACGUCACCAUUGUCACUGGCAUCUUUGGUACGUUUGCAGGAACCCAGACAACUACUUUGCCUGCCGCCGCCACAGCCCCCGGACUCGUCACUGUCGUCCUCCAGACAGCAAUCCCGAGCCCCGGCACGACUUCGUACACUACGAUCCUCACUGGCGUCACCGGAACCAGCUUCCCUGGUACAAGGGCGACCACUCUGCCUGUCAUCGGUACCCUUGGAACUGUCCUUUUGGAGACGGCUAUUCCGGACGUCCCGACAACCUCCUACACGACUAUUCUCACUGGCAUCGCUGGCGAGACAUUUGUCGGCACCCGCGCCACAACUCUUCCAGUUACGGGAAGCAUUGGAACCGUUUUGUUGGAGACGGCCAUUCCAGCUGCCACCUCGUACAUUACGAUUCCCACGGGAGUCGCUGGCGCCACAUUCACCGGCAUCCAGCUAUCUACUCUUCCAGUCACGGGAACUAUCGGAACUGUACUUCAACAAACAGCUCUGCCGGCGGCUACUUCAUACAUCACGAUUCCCACCGGAGUUAUUGGGGCUACAUUCACUGGCAUCCAGCUUUCCACUUUGCCCGUCACCGGCACCAUCGGUACGGUCCUUCAACAGACUGCUCUUCCGGCUGCCACCUCAUACAUCACGAUCCCAACUGGAGUCAUCGGUGGCACCUUCACCGGCAUUCAACUCACGACACUGCCGGUUACUGGAACCAUCGGCACCGUGCUCCAGCAGACAGCCCUUCCGGCAGCAACUUCGUACAUCACGAUUCCUACUGGCAUCGCGGGAGCUACCUUCACGGGUAUCCAGCUUUCGACUUUGCCCGUUACCGGCACGAUUGGAACUGUGUUGCAACAGACGGCUCUGCCCGCUGCCACUUCGUACAUCACGGUACCGACCGGAAUCCUGGGAGCCACGUUCCUUGGAACGCAACUUUCUACGCUUCCUGUUACUGGCACGAUUGGAACUGUUCUUCAACAAACCGCCAUUCCUCUCGUGACUUCCUACAUCACAAUCCCAACUGGAGUUCUGGGAGCCACGUUCCUUGGAACUCAGCUCUCUACUCUUCCGGUCACUGGGACCGUUGGCACCGUCCUUCAACAGACGGCCAUUCCCAACCCCGUCACAUCUUAUGUUACGAUUCCCACCGGAGUUCUGGGAGCAACAUUCCUCGGAACCCAACUGUCGACCCUGCCUGUCACUGGCACUAUCGGUACGGUUCUGCAACAGACUGCCAUUCCCAACCCCGUCACCUCCUACAUCACCGUUCCUACUGGAGUUCUGGGAGCCACGUUCCUCGGCACCCAGCUCUCUACUCUCCCCGUCACAGGCACGAUCGGAACCGUUCUUCAGCAGACCGCCAUUCCUGCCUUGUCCACUGGAUACACCACCAUCCUGUCCGGCAUCGUCGGCACCUUUACAGGAACCCAGACUACGACCCUUCCAGUCACUGGAACCCUUGGCACUGUUAUUCUGCAGACGGCCGUACCACCAGCCACGUCCUACACCACCAUCGUCACUGGCGUCUUCGGAACCUUCCUUGGAACGUCGGCGACCACGCUGCCCGCCACCGGAACUAUCGGUACGGUACUCCUCCAAACCGCAAUCCCGAUCUCGUACACGACUCUCCUCACCGGAGUCGCUGGCAACUUCCUCGGCACCCAGACGUCGACGAUCCCGGCCGUCAGCGGUCUCGGAACCGUCCUGCUUCAGACCGCUCUGCCCACUGGAUACCUCACCGUCACCAGCGGAAUCACCGGCAGCUUCACCGGCACUCAGACAACCACCCUGCCAGCUGUUGGAGGAGGCCUUGGAACCGUCGUGCUUCAGACCGCCAUUCCCAGCUCCGUCAUUGUCUCUUACACGACUAUUAUCACUGGCGUCAUUGGCACUUUCACUGGCACCUCGGUAACCACCCUCCCGGCCACCGGAAGCGUUGGCACCGUGUUGUUGGAGACGGCCAUCCGGCCCAUUUCCUACGUCACCGUCACCAGUGGCAUCGUGGGCAGCUUCACAGGCACUCAAACCGUCACUCUCCCCACCACUGGAGCCGGACAGAGUAUCGCUACUGUUGUCCUUCAGACUGCUAUUCCGGCCAUCUCGUACAUUACCGUCACGAGCGGAGUAGUCGGCAGCUUUACCGGUACUCAGACCGUCACGCUUCCCACGACGGGAGCCGGCCAGAGCAUCGGCACCGUCGUUCUCGAGACCGCUAUUCCGGCCAUCUCGUACAUCACCAUCCCUACUGGGGUUACUGGCACGUUCACAGGCACCUCUACAGUCACUUUGCCUACCACUGGUCCAGGCCAGACUGUUGGCACCGUCUAUUUGGAGACUGCUCUCCCAGUCAUUUCUUACGUGACGAUUCCCACUGGAGCGACCGGAACCUUUACAGGAACCCGUCUCAGCACCCUUCCAGUCACUGGCACCGUCGGUACCGUGCUCGCUCAGACGGCCCUCCCGGUCAUCUCGUACAUUACGAUUCCUACUGGAGUUACAGGAACAUUCACCGGCACCCAGACAACCACGCUGCCGAUCACGGGUUCCAUUGCGACGGUACUUCUGGAGACCGCAUUGCCCGUUAUUUCGUACAUCACGAUUCCAACCGGCGUGACCGAAACCUUUGCGGGCACUCAACUUUCCACCUUGCCCGUUACCGGUACGAUCGGAACUGUCCUUGCCCAGACUGCCCUCCCCUCCAUCUCGUAUCUCACGAUUCCUACUGGCGUUACUGGAACCUUCGCGGGUACCCAACUGUCAACUUUGCCAGUCUCUGGAACCAUCGGAACCGUCUUGGCGCAGACCGCUCUCCCAGUCAUCUCCUACAUCACCGUCCCAACGGGAGUCACUGGCAGUUUCACGGGCACGCAAUUCUCAACCUUGCCCGCCGUUGGCAGUGUGGCCACUGUCUUGGCACAAACCGCUCUCCCAGUCAUCUCGUACACGACCGUUCCGACUGGCGUUACUGGCACGUUCACAGGCACCCGUUUGUCGACAUUGCCGGCCGUCGGAAGCGUGGCCACGGUACUGGCCCAGACAGCUCUUCCAGUUGUCUCGUACGUGACUGUUCCAACAGGAGUCACAGGCACCUUUACUGGCACGCAGUUCUCAACCCUCCCGGCUGUUGGCAGCGUUGCCACUGUUCUUGCUCAGACAGCCUUGCCUGUGGUAUCGUAUGUCACGGUGCCUACAGGCGUCACUGGCACCUUCACCGGAACCCAGUUCUCGACCCUCCCCGCUGUCGGCAGUGUGGCCACAGUAUUGGCUCAAACAGCCUUGCCCGUCGUUUCCUACGUUACUGUUCCUACUGGCGUCACUGGCACCUUUACUGGAACGCAGUUGUCUACUUUGCCCGCCGUCGGAAGCGUCGCGACCGUUCUCGCUCAAACGGCCUUGCCUGUGGUUUCGUACGUUACCGUACCCACGGGAGUCACCGGCACCUUCACGGGAACGCAGCUAUCAACGCUUCCCGCCGUCGGAAGCGUGGCCACGGUGCUUGCCCAAACAGCCUUGCCACAGAUCUUCUAUACCACGGUCGCCUCGGGAGUCGCAGGCACCUUUGCCGGUACUCAGCUGGUCACUCUCUCCGGAACCGGAGCCACCCGAACUGUCGUGGCAGAGACCGCCAUUCCGUAUACGACGGUCCUCACUGGAGUUUCUGGCACCUUUACCGGAACUUCCCUGUCUACGAUCGGAAACACGGUUCUCGCUCAGACAGCCCUGCCUCAGAUCUUCUACACGACCAUCCCGUCAGGCGUGCCGGGCACCUUUGCCGGAACGUCUUUGGUCACUCUCUCGGGCUCUGGAGCUACUCAGACAGUCGUUGCCCAGACAGCCAUUCCCUACACCACGGUCGUCACGGGGGUUACUGGAACCUUUACCGGAACCUCUCUGUCUACUAUCGGUAAUACAGUCAUCGCCCAGACGGCUCUGCCGCAGGUCUUCUACAACACGGUACCCACUGGUGUUCCGGGCACGUUUGCCGGAACCUCUCUUACUACCCUCGCGGGCUCCGGAGCAACGAGGACGGUCCUCGCUCAGACUGCCGUGCCGUAUACCACAAUCCUCACGGGAGUCUCGGGCACCUUUACCGGAACUGCAGUCACGACCAUCGGUAACACCGUCCUUCAACAGACGGCCAUUCCUCCAGUCUCUUACACAACGGUGGUCACCGGUGUGAUCGGCACCUUUACUGGCACUCAAGUCACCACCAUUGGCAACACGGUCGUCCAGCAGACCGCCCUCCCCUCAAGCACAUCGUACACCACAAUCCUCACGGGAGUCACUGGUGCCUUCACAGGCACGCGGACCACGACUGUUGGAAACACAGUCCUGCAGCAGACGGCACUCGCAUCGGCAAGCCGUGUCGUCACCAGCUCAUACGCACCAUCCGGCUGUGUCCCGACGCCUACGGGUGUCGCAGCCCCGACUUGUCUACCAUCAACUGGAUCCGCAAUCACUUUGCCUCCUGCUUGCGCCAGUCUCACGGGUGUCAUCUUGCAAUCAUACUCUCAGUCGACGCUCGAUCUUUGUACUGCAGCUUUGGGCGCGACCGCCAACAUUGGAACCGUCAGCAACUGUCUCAACUUGCAACAAGUUGCUCUGUUAGGAAACAUCCUGGGAUACAACCACGUCAGAUGUAUACAGACUGCUCUGGCGGGUACCUGUCUCACGAGACUUCCAUCAAUCUGCGCCAACCUGGCGGCAUCCAGCCAGACGCUCGUCAAUGUCCAGACCAACGCCGCUCUAUGCUUCGCCAACCUUGGAGUCUUUGGUUCCAUCACGACAGCAGGCAACUGUAUCAUAUCCAGCGUCACCAACCAAGGAGGCGCGGCCGUUCUCAACUGUUUCGAACGAGCUCUCGGACUACCAGUCGGUCAAACAGUCGCCGGAUUGGCGAGCACAGUAUUGUGUCCUUCCGGCACAGCCUGCGCCCGCGCUCCGGCAGCCUGCGGUGCUCUGCUGGAUGUCACACUCUCCACGUCGGAAAUCAAUGCCAACCUCAAUCUCUGCCAGGCUGGCCUCGUCGUCAGCGCCUUGGGAAACACGGUAUCAAAUUUGGCUUCCGGUUUGGGCUGUACCCUCGGCAGCAUUACCGGCCUGGUGGGCAGUCUCCUCGGAGCCCAGACACAGUCGUACGCUCAAUGUAUCCAGAACUCGCUGGCUUCGCAGUGUAUCACGUCGCUACCGCAGAGCUGUGUCAACCUGGGCGUCGACGCGACUGGUGGCGUGUCAGUGACAGUCAGCGCACCAAACCUCAUCUCUUGCGUGACUUCGCUCGGCCUCUUAUCCAACGGCAUCGCCUCGGAUUGUUUGAACCUGUCCUUGACGGGCCCGAACAUUGUGGCUUGCCUGAACUUGCGCCUCUUUGGCGUCGCCACGGUGAACGUGGCCGCCAAAUAG